AGAGAGAGAGAGCGAAGAUUACCAAGCUCCAUUUCGAAUUGUUGCUGUAUGUAUAGGUUAUAGAACUCGUCAUUAUCCAUGGGCAACUGCUGGAACAUUCGACCAAAAGUCGACCUCGUUUUCAUCUCUGAGGCUCAUUCUGGGCCCCCAAAAUGUCUAAACCAACCUCCUCCAAUUUUGACUAUCCAUUCAUCGACUGAAAAGGAUAGAACUGCAAAACUGCCAAGUCCAAUUUUGAAUAUCCAUUCAUCCAAUGAAAAGGAUAGAACUGUAAAACUGCCAAGUCCAAGAUCCACGGGUGAGAUAUUGCCAUCACCCCAUGUGAAAGCCCUAUCCUUUAAUGAGCUUAAGAAUGCUACUAUAAACUUCCGUCCCGAGAGUCUUCUUGGAGAAGGUGGCUUUGGAUAUGUUUACAAAGGAUGGCUUGAUGAGCGGACUCUAACUGCCGCAAGGCCUGGAUUUGGAACUAUAGUUGCUGUGAAGAAGCUUAAACCCAAAGGCUUCCAAGGUCAUAAAGAAUGGCUGUCGGAGGUAAAUUAUCUUGGCCAACUUCAUCAUCCAAAUCUGGUAAAACUUAUUGGCUAUUGCUUGGAAGGUGACAACCGGCUAUUGGUCUAUGAGUUCAUGCCCCGAGGCAGCUUGGAGAAUCAUCUAUUCAAGAGGAGUGCGAAACCUCUUUCAUGGGAAACAAGGGUUAAGGUUGCCACAGGUGCUGCUCGGGGGCUCUCUUUUCUGCACGGCUCUGAAUCACAAGUUAUAUACCGUGAUUUUAAAGCUUCUAACAUCCUGCUAGAUUCAGAAUUUAAUGCAAAACUUUCAGAUUUUGGAUUGGCAAAAGCUGGCCCCACUGGGGACCAGACUCAUGUAUCUACUCAAGUCGUGGGUACUCAUGGCUAUACUGCCCCCGAAUAUGUUUCUACAGGUCGGCUGACUGCGAAGUGUGAUGUAUAUAGCUUCGGGGUUGUAUUGCUGGAGUUGCUUACAGGCCGGCUCGCCGUUGAUAAAACAAAGGUCGGUGUUGAGCAGAAGUUGGUGGAGUGGGCAAAACCCCACUUGGCUGAGAAAAGGAGGAUAUUCCGAAUCAUGGACACCAAGUUGGAAGGCCAGUAUCCUCGAAGAGGAGCUUGCAUCGCCACCACUCUGGCGAUGCACUGUGUAAACCCCGACCCGAAAGCCCGCCCCCAAAUGGAUCAGGUUUUAAAUAUUCUUGAAGAGCUUCCAUCCAUAAAACGUUCCACUCCAAAGCAACCAACGGUACCCAGCCCUCUUGUCAAGUCCACAGUAACUAGUCCUCAUAUCAAGUCCCCAGUACAUCACGACCAUCCUUCACCAAUGAACCUAACUUCCCGAGGAUAUCCAUUGCCUGCCCAUGUGAAAUCUCCACAGCAACGAUGAUUAGGAGCUAUUAUUCAACUCGGUUUGGUUCUUCAAUUCCAGGCAGCAUCAUGGAGUGCUAGCAAUAUGGGCAUUUUCACAUUUUCUAAGGGCAAUGAAAUUCAGAUACGUCGUGAUGCACAUGGUUUACAGGUGACUCUGGAUAUAUGAUGUUGAUUCUGUAGGAGUCAGUCCAAUGCAGCCCCUAUCUUGAAAAUGGAAAACUCACACAAACCAAAUUUAGUGAACAAAGGGCCAUUUCAAGAUGGAAGCCAAGCAAGGGCUAUUCAAGACUGUCUUGAUUAAGUUUGGAUGGAGUUUGCUAAAGUGAAAGUUUGAGAAAAGCAUGCUAAUCCCAACCUAAAGCUUGGUUUGUGAGGUUUUUCAGCUAAUUUUGCAAUUUGUGCACAAGUUAAACCACUCAGGAGAGAAGUAGAGUAUUUUCCUUUUAUAAGAGAGUUGUUGAUGUUGCAGAUCAUGAAAGGAAAAAAAAAUAGAAAAGAAAAAGAAAAAAAGAGAGUUGUCGAUAAUGUAGUUUGCAAGAGAUUUAUGUUCUUGUGAGAAUAUAGGAUCAAUAAGAGAGUUAAGGUUUAUGUAAUGUACCUCACUCCAUUCCAAUAUGCAAGUUGUGUGUUAUUGUGAUUC